UUCUUUCCUCUUGCACCCAGCUUCAAUCACCUCAAUGGUCGGACUUGGGCAGUGCUUGCCGAUACCAUUCAAGAUUGGCUUGUGAACAAUAUUUCUUUGACACGUUCAGAUGUGUGGUUGUGGGGCCGUGAAUUUUUUUGGAUGGCAUUUGUUGCAGCAUUUCCUGGAUUUCUGCACCGAGAAUGGCCACUGUGGGACCCAAAGAUUGGCAUGGAGGGCGAGUUUAUCACCUAUUGGAUGUCU